AUGGUACCCCUAAGCAACCCAAUCUGGUACAUCCUCGAAAACUACAUUUACGCCCUCCCCCCUCCCCCCCCUCGCAUCCGCACAAAACCCCUAGAAGUAAUCUGCGUCGGCCUCCCCAGAAGCGGCACCGAAUCCCUCCAGCACGCCCUCCUCACCCUCGGCUACGACCACACCUACCACGGCUGGGACAUCAUCUACGAAGAACCGAACUACGCCCAAGAAUGGGUCAAGCUCUGCCGCAAGAAAUGGUUCGGCCCCCCUUCCGGCCGCACAACCUUCACCCCCCUCGACUUUGACCCCCUCAUCGGCCACUCCACCGCCCUCACCGACGCCGCCGCCUCCGUUUUCGCCGCCGAGCUCAUCCAAGCCUACCCCUCCGCAAAAGUAAUCCUCAACCACCGCCCGGACGAAGACGCCUGGCACAACAGCAUCUCCACCACCAUUGCCCGCGGCGAGUCCCUCUGGCACCUCUGGCUCAUGUCCUGGACUUCGGGACCCUGUUUCUGGAGCUGGCACGUCUAUCUUCGUUUCAUGUGGCCUGGUUUGUUUAGGUGUUUGGACGGGAAUGUGGAAAGGGGUGUCAAAGGAAAUGGGAGGUGGGUGGCUAGGGAACAUUACGCCAUGGUUCGGGGGUUGGUACCCAAGGAGAGGCUGCUGGAGUGGAGCGUGGAGGAUGGGUGGGGGCGGCUUUGCGAGUUUUUGGACAAGGAGGUUCCGAAGGAGGAGUUUCCUCAUGUUAAUGCUGCCAAGGGGUGGGUUGGGCAUGAGAGGAGGUUGGCGAGGAGGUAUAUACUGGGGGCGUUGAGGAAUCUGGGGGUGGGGGUGGGGGUUGUGGUUGGGUUGUGGUAUCUUUGCAAAGUAAUAUUGGGGUUGAGGGUGAUGAUGGCUGUUUGA